AUGAAUCCUGCUAGAGGACGCGCACAGCCAACUUCACACUUGUCCCUGAAACGGACUCUUCUCCGCUCUGCCCUUGUCCUCAGCGCUGCUCUUGCUUGUGUCAGCGCAGUUAAGCGCGAAGACUUUAAGACAUGUAGCCAGAGUGGUUUCUGUGCCCGUAACAGAGCUUAUGCUGACUUGGCAAAGGAAACUCCUAAUUGGAUGUCGCCUUUCCAGUUGAGCUCUUCUUCAUUAAAGCUUCAACGUGGAGUGCUUACGGGGGAUUUGAUCAAUACCCAGGAAGAUACCCAGGCCUCGUCAAAGCUAGGAUUGACUUUUGAGCUACAUCUGCUGGAAAAUGACGCUGUUCGUGUGCGGAUCAAUGAACGUGAUCCUGUUCAUCCCCGAUAUGAUGGUGUACAGGAUACAGUUCUGGUCAAGCCUUAUGAGUUUGCAAAAGAUUCAACUUAUCAGCGAGUUGAUACGGACAACGAUGGCAUCUUCACCAUUCAGUAUGGAGCCCAGAAUCAAAACACAGUCAAAGUCAGCUCUUCACCUUUCAAGAUAGAAUUCUUUGUCAAUGGUGUUUCAACCGUAGUAUUGAAUGAUGAGGGUCUCUUACGCUUGGAGCGUUUAAGAGACAAGUCAAAAGAGGGAGGCGAUGACACCAAACUAGUCGAUCAAGCUCCAGAAGGAGGUGAAAUCAAGAUUGAGAAAUCUGAACUGGAGCGUAAAAUGGAGGAAAAUCUUUGGGAAGAAACUUUUAAGGGCUCUACAGAUUCUAAACCUAGAGGUCCCGAGUCCUUUGGUCUCGACAUCACAUUCUCAGGGAUUCAGCAUGUCUAUGGUGUACCAGAACAUGCCUCCAGUCUAUCACUCAAGCCAACAAAAGGCGCUGGCGCGGCCUAUAGUGAUCCUUAUAGGCUAUAUAACCUGGAUGUUUUCGAGUACGAGUUAGAUAAUCCAAUGGCACUCUAUGGAUCGAUUCCCUUUAUGCUUGGUCAUAGCAAGAAUAGUACAGCGGCUGUAUUCUGGAUGAACGCUGCUGAGACAUGGGUGGAUGUGGAGAAGACCCUGAGUGAUGAACAAGACUCUGGAAUCCUCUCUUGGAUCAAGGCUAAAAAGGUUGCCCUGAAACCAUCGACUAAGACCCAUUGGAUAAGUGAGGCCGGAGUACUUGAUCUUUUUGUAUUCUUGGGUCCUACACAUCGUGAUAUCUUCCAUCAGUACACUUCCUUGGUGGGCACAACAGCUCUUCCUCAAGCAUUUUCAAUUGCAUAUCAUCAGUGUCGCUGGAAUUACAAUUCACAACAGGAUGUGACUGAAGUUGAUGCUGGAUUUGAUCAGCAUGAUAUCCCGUAUGAUGUCCUCUGGCUAGAUAUUGAGCACACGGAUGGCAAGAGGUACUUUACUUGGGAUCAUGCUAAGUUCCCCAAUCCUGUGGAUAUGCAACAAUCACUUGAUGCAAAGGGCAGAAAGAUGGUGACGAUCAUUGAUCCUCAUAUCAAGAAGGAUGACAACUACUAUGUCUCGAAGCAAGGCGCGGAAUUGGAUAUCUACAUCAAAAACAAGGAUGGAGAAUCUUCAUUUGAGGGUUGGUGCUGGCCAGGAAAUUCACAAUGGAUUGAUUUUUAUAACCCUAAAGCAAGGGACUAUUGGGCUUCCCAGUUCGCAUAUGACAAAUAUCAAGGUUCGACCAAGUCUCUGUUUACAUGGAAUGAUAUGAAUGAGCCCUCUGUCUUCAGCGGGCCAGAAAUCACUAUUCCCAAAGACGUGCUUCAUUAUGGCAACGUAGAGCAUCGCAAUGUCCAUAACCUUUAUGGAACAAUGUUUCAUUCAGCUACAGCGCAAGGGUUGACGCAGCGCAAUGAGACAAACCAGCGGCCUUUUGUUCUUUCUCGCGCCUUCUUUGCUGGUACCCAGCGAUAUGGAGCCAUCUGGACAGGUGAUAAUAUGGCGACAUGGGAACAUUUGGAGGUUGCAUCUCCCAUGCUGCUGACAAUUGGAUUGUCUGGUAUUCCAUUUUCUGGAGCAGACGUAGGAGGGUUCUUUGGAAACCCUGAUGCUGAGUUGUUGACUCGUUGGUAUCAGGCUGGAAUCUACUAUCCUUUUUUCCGUGCCCAUGCACAUCUUGACAGUAAGCGUCGAGAACCUUGGCUCUUCGGAGAGCCCUAUACAUCGCAAAUUCGUGAUGCUAUCCGUACUCGCUACUCUUACCUGCCAUUCUGGUACACCCUCUUCCAUGAAACUAGCGUCGAUGGAACUCCCAUUAUCAGACCUAUGUUCAUAGAAUUCCCAGAAGAUGAAGCAGUCUUCGCCCUGGAUAAUCAAUACAUGGUCGGAAAUGCACUGUUGGUCAAGCCAGUAAGUAAGCCUGGCGUAACCGAGUCAGAGGUUUACUUUGCAGGAAACGAAAAGUGGUUCGACAUCAAGAGCUACAAGUGGGAGCAAGGACCUGGUGUCAAGAAGGUAGCAUCGCCUGCGGACAAAAUUCCAGUCUAUCAGCGUGCUGGAACGAUUAUCCCCAAGCGUGAACGACCUCGCCGAUCCUCCAAAGCCAUGGAAAAUGAUCCCUUUACGCUUGUUGUUGCGCUGAGCAGUCAAGGCGAGGCAUCUGGACGGAUUUAUCUGGAUGAUGGGGAGAGCUACGGAUAUCAGCAAGGCGAUUUUAUUUUACGUGAGUUCCGUGUAUCUAAUGGAAAGCUUUCAUCUCAUAAUCUGAAAACGUUCAACAAUAAGCCCUCCGAUUUUGUGCAGAGGAUAGGAUCACUUCGGAUUGAGCGUCUGGUGAUUGUUGGUGAGGAAAAGCCGUUGACCAAGGUCACUGUGGGCGAUAAAUCUGUUGAGUUUUCUUCACAAAAGAUAGUGGAUGGUAGUUAUGUCUAUAUUGUGAAGGAGCCAGGAGUGGCCAUAGGCGAGGACUUUGAAAUCCUUUUAAGAUAA